AUGCGGGGUCGGCGCUACGCCCUGGGCGCAGUAGGCGAGGCGGGGGCGGGCGGCGCCGGGCGUUCAGUGAAGGGCUCAGAAAAGGGGGCGUACGACGGUAGAAUGCGGAGGCAGCGGCCACUGCGCAACGACGACGUCGGCUUCACCCGUCCCGCAACGCCCAUGGCCCGUGGCGCCGCCAGCUCCUGCCCCGCCACCAUCAGGCCCUGCGGCACACCUGCCACGGUUGUCGGCAUGCGUCGCCGCAGCACCACCGUGUCCGGUGGAGGGGGCUUCUCCGGCGAUGACGGCAACAUGCUGCGCUUCUACACCGACGAGGCGUCAGGCAUGCGUCUCUCCCUCACCAUUGUGCUCGUCAUGUCGCUCUGCUUCAUUGACUUCGUCACUGACCUCCACGUCUUCAACAAGCUCUACAGCUCCCACACCGCCGCCACAUCUGCAUGA